GUUACGCGUCACUUCCGGCGGGGCGGAGGAGGCGGGAGAGUGAGGGAAAGGCUGGAAGACGAGCCUGCAGGAUGUUUCCUCAGUGAGAGGAAGGCUGUUGCACCAUGGCGGUUUUUGAUACUCCGGAGGAGGCCUUCGGCGUCUUGCGUCCUGUCUGUGUUCAGCUCACGAAGGCGCAGACCGUGGAGAAUGUGGCGCACCUGCAGGCACAGUUACAAGCCGUGAGUGACUCUGCCCUUCAGGAACUUCAGCAGUACAUCCUCUUCCCUUUGCGAUUUACCCUGAAGACCCCAGGUCCCAAAAGAGAACGCUUGAUCCAGAGCGUGGUGGAGUGCAUCACCUUUGUCCUCUCUUCGACGUGUGUGAAGGAGCAAGAACUUCUCCAGGAACUCUUUUCGGAGCUGUCUGCUUGCCUGUAUUCGCCCAGCUCCCAAAAACCCGCUGCUGUGUCAGAGGAGUUGAAACUGGCGGUGAUCCAGGGCCUUAGCACAUUAAUGCACGCGGCCUACGGGGACAUCAUUCUGUCUUUUUAUGAACCCUCCGUUCUGCCUCGUUUAGGAUUUGCUGUAUCUUUACUGUUAGGCCUAGCAGAGCAGGAGAAAUCCAGACAGAUUAAAAUGGCUGCCCUGAAAUGUUUACAGGUUCUCCUCUUUCAGUGUGACUGUCAAGGCCAUCCGAGGUCCUGGGAUGAGCUUGAGCAGAAGCAGCUGGGGGAUUUGUUUGCUUCUUUCCUACCUGGAAUCGCAACUGCCCUGACCAGGGUCAUCACAGGAGACUUUAAACAAGGGCACAGCAUUGUCGUGUCUUCCCUAAAGAUCUUCUACGAGACCGUGAGCUUCAUUAUGGCUGAUGAACAGCUCACAAGAGUGUCAGAGGUCCAAGCAAAGCCUGCUGCGGAGCACAGAGUUGCAGAGCUGAUGGUUCACAGGGAAGCCAGCUGGGUAAAAAACACCGGUGACAAGUUGACUGUCCUUAUUAAAAAGAUAACUGAGUGCGUUUCCGUUCACCCACACUGGAAGGUGAGGCUGGAGCUGAUAGACCUUGUCGAGGCCCUUCUUUUGAAGUGCAGUCAGUCACUGGUGGAGUCGGCCGGUCCCCUUCUGAAGGCCCUGGUGAGUCUGCUAAACGACGAGAGUCCCGAUGUCCAAGCCCAGUGCAAUAAAGUGCUGAGACGUUUUGCCGAUGCGAAGGUCGUGGUGGGCAGCAGAGCCUUUGCUGACAUCUUGUCAGAAAACCUGCAUUCCCUGGCCACAUCCCUCCCCCGCCUGAUGAACUCCCAAGACGACCAGGGCAGAGUCUCCACUCUCUCCUUGUUACUGGGGUACCUGAAACUCCUGGGCCCCAAGGUGAACUUUGUCCUCAACUCUGUGGCCCAUCUCCAGCGCCUUUCCAAAGCUCUUAUCCAAGUUCUAGAAUUAGACGUGGCUGACAUCAAAAUCGUUGAAGAGCGGCGUUGGAACCCCGAGCACCUGCACACUUCUCCAGAGACUCCAGCUGCAGGGCAAUGGACUCUGAUCCAGAGGAGAUACUUCCGCUUCUUCACCGACGAGCGGGUUUUCCUGCUCCUGAGGCAGGUUUGUCAGCUUCUUGGUUUCUAUGGGGACCUCUACUUGCUUGUGGAUCACUUUAUGGAACUGUACCGCGAGUCCGUGGCCUACCGGAAACAGGCCGCCAUGAUCCUUAAUGAGCUGGUUGCAGGGGCUGCUGGGUUGGGGGUGGAGAAUCUUCACGAAAAACACAUUAAAACAAGCCCAGAGGAGCUGAGGGAGAUCGUGACAUCGAUACUUGAAGAGUACACGAGCCAGGAGAACUGGUAUUUGGUCACUUGCAUGGAGGCCGAAGAAGUGGGGGAGGAGCUGAUGGUGAAGCAGUCAGGCCUUCAGGCCCUCACAUCUGGUGCACACACCUGCCAGGCCACCUCUUCUCCUGCCUUCUCAAAGCCAGGUCCCACGAUCUGCUCCAUGAACAGCAACAUCUGGCAAAUAUGCAUCCAGUUGGAAGGGAUCGGCCACUUUGCACAUGCACUAGGAAAAGACUUCCGUUUGCUCUUGAUGUCAGCCCUCUAUCCAGUGCUGGAGAAGGCUGGAGACCAAACCCUGCUCAUCAGUCAGGCGGCCACCAGCGCCAUGAUGGACAUCUGCCACGCUUGUGACUAUGACUCCCUGCAGCACCUGAUCAAUCAGAAUUCAGACUAUUUGGUGAAUGGCAUCUCUUUAAAUCUGCGUCAUCUGUCUCUCCACCCCCACACCCCGAAGGUCUUGGAAGUUAUGCUGCAGAACUCAGAUGCUAGCCUGCUUCCUUUGGUGGCAGAUGUGGUUCAGGAUGUCUUGGCCACUCUGGACCAAUUUUAUGAUAAGAGAGCUACUUCCUUUGUCAGUGUCCUGCACGCCCUGCUGGCAGCAUUAGCCCAGUGGUUCCCAGAUGCAGGUGAUCUCCGAGAGCAAAGUCUAGGAGAGGAGGGAAGUCAUUUGAGCCAAAGGCCAGCACGUCUUGAGAAUGGACUUGACGUCACAACAGCUGAAGGCAUUGAACAGUUUGUGCUGAACUAUCUCAAGGAAAAGGAUGUGGCAGAAGGAAAUGUUUCGGAUUUUGAUAAUGAAGAAGAGGAGCAGUCAGACCCUCCCGAAGUGGAUGAGAACGACCUUGGUCCCCAUGUGGAGCCACCACUGCCAGUGCAGAUCCAGAUAGCCACGGACGUGAUGGAGCGCUGCAUCCACUUGAUGUCAGAUAAAAACCUGAAAAUCCGCUUGAAGGUCUUGGAUGUGCUGGACCUGUGUGUGGUUGUUCUGCAGUCCCAUAAGAACCAGCUCCUUCCCUUGGCUCAUCGGGCCUGGCCCUCACUCGUGCACCGACUUACAAACGAUGACCCUCUGGCAGUGCUCAGAGCUUUCAAGGUUUUGCAAACCCUGGGAGGCGAGUGUGGCGAUUUUCUAAGGAGCCGGUUCUGCAAAGAUGUCCUGCCAAGGCUGACUGGCUCCUUAGUCAGCCAGGCUCCCGUCAGUGCCAGGGCUGGACCAGUUUACUCCCACACACUGGCCUUCAAGUUGCAGCUGGCUGUCUUGCAGGGCCUGGGCCCCCUCUGUGAGCGACUGGACCUAGGUGAGGGUGACCUGAAUAAAGUGGCGGAUGCCUGCUUGAUUUACCUCAGCGCCAAACAGCCCGUGAAAUUACAAGAGGCUGCCAGGAGCGUUUUCCUCCACUUGAUGAAGGUAGACCCAGACUCCACUUGGUUCCUCCUGAACGAACUUUACUGCCCAGAGGAGUUCACACCUCCCCACCCCAGCCUCCACCCUGUGCAGCUGCGGGGGGCCACCGGCCCCCAGAACCCAUACACAGCCAAUGUGCUCCUCCUGCUCCAACAGCUGCCGUGACCUCAUCCCUUCCUCCCUGCCAAGGACGAAAGACAUGGGGCCGACCCCACCCUGGCCGAGGGCAGUGGUAGCAGCAGCAGAGAAGACUGCCAAGGUGGAUUAGACAGCCGAUCGAUUUAUAAAUUGAUCGAUCACACAACUGCUUAGAAAUUGGAUUGAAGGAUAGUAGCUGACUGUUAUUUAUAUUUCAUACCUGGUGUUUUCAAAUGACAUUGUCUGGCAGCUCUAAGGGCUUAACUCCUUCGCUUACCAUCUCUGCGGCCCUGGCUGCCUCAAAGGCUACCCCACAUGCACACCCACACCCGAGAACUUGAGGACACGUGGGACAGAGGCCUGUACCACGCAUCUUGUGUGUCUUCUGAGUGCCUGAGGACCACAUGGAAGGAUCACACAUCCAGGAGAUCUCAGAACACUGGCCUGCAGCACAGACUCCAUUCUCAAAUCAGGAGCUGGAACCUCACCUGUGCUUUGGAAGAAAAUGAAAUAAAGGCACUUCUUGGAGGAAAAGUA